UGUGCCACCUCAGGUCUGACUGACAGAACGUAUUGGAUUGACGUGAGUGACCAAGACUCUGAGGGGGACUGGCGCACUUCCUCAGGUCUGUCUAUACCCAUGGGUACACCAUUCUGGAAGGCGGAUACUGAAUUCCAGGAGCCAAAUAACGUUAAAAAUUAUGAAAAUUGCUUGGAGAUGAACAAUAAAUAUUCAUUUUUCAUGAAUGAUAUUGGCUGCUCUGAUCUGUUGUCGCUAAUAUGUGAACAACCACCACAAGAUACUGCAAACCACAACAUGACAGCAGUAGCAGCAGUGCCAGAGGUGCAGGACUAUCCCUCCUUUGUGAGUGUGGGCGGCCUCUGUCUCUCCUUCAUGACGUGGGUGGAAGAGUCGUGGGAGGAGUCACGUCAGGCUUGUCAUGGCUUGUCAGGGGAGCUGGCUGCUGUUACUGACAUUGAACAACUGAGAGCUAUAUACCUGUACCUGCACCAGGAAGGGAUCGCUGGUCAUUCCUUCUGGCUGGGAGGCUCCGACGCGGCCCAGGAGGGCGUCUGGUUGUGGACUGACGGUCAACGCGUCCCUAUGGGGGCACCGUACUGGGGCUUUGGGAAGUUAGAUGUGUUGGAGCCAGAUGGUGGAGCAGCUGAGAACUGUCUUCUGUUGUACGCUGACGGCUUCCACUACUUCCGUGACUCCUCCUGUAGCCUGCUGAGGACCCCACUGUGUAUCUUUCCCCAGUAGCUGCUGGUGGAACCUGGUGACCCUUGGUGACCCUUGGUGACCCUUGGUGACUCAUUGUGA